AUGACUCUAAAACAGAAAAAAAAUUAUGUCCUCCUCAAGAAUAACCUUCAAACUGUACUCAAUUCUCACUUAUUACAGUCGACAAGCAAUCACAAAUUCGAUUUAGUAGUUGUGGUACAAAGUCAUAAAAGAUAUAAAUACUUGCAAGCGUUGAUGCAAUCCUUACACAAAGCUCGUGGAAUCAAUAAAAUCUUAUUAAUUGUCAGCCAUGAUUAUUUACUCACAGAGAUGAGAACUGUGGUAGAAAGUGUUCAAUUUUGUCCUGUCAUACAAAUAUUUUUCCCUUAUUCAGCCCAGUUGCAUCCUGAUGUAUUUCCAGGCACAGAUCCAAGAGACUGCAAACGCGAUACACCUAAAGAGCUAGCACUAGUUAAGAAAUGUUUGAAUGCCAACUACCCUGAUCAAUUUGGACAUUACCGCGAAGCAGAUUAUACUAUGACUAAGCAUCAUUGGUGGUGGAAGAUCAAUUUUGUUUUCGACCAACUUAAUAUCCUCAAGGAUUAUAAAGGCUUAGUACUACUUCUUGAGGAAGAUCAUUACGUAGCCCCUGACUUUUUGACAAUCAUGAAACUAUUAGAGCAAAAGCGUAAUAGUGAAUACCCAAACUGCGAUUUUCUUGGCUUAGGCUCAUAUAAUCGGCAUGGCAGUUAUUCGCACUUUAAGCAUAAGGUAGCUGAUUAUGUUGCUUGGGCGUCAAACAAGAAUAACAUGGGCAUGGCUAUGAAUAGAGCCACGUUUGAUAAAAUCAAACGUUGCAAUAAUCAAUUCUGUCGAUUUGAUGAUUAUAAUUGGGAUUGGACAAUUCAAAGUCUGAGCAGCAAAUGUCUAAAUCGUCCUCUAACAAUACUAACAAUGCAAGCACCACAUGUAUUUCACGCAGGCGAAUGUUCCGGCCUUCAUCAUAAACGUUUUUGUAAAAUGGAAGAUACAAUCACAGCAAUUGAACGUUCGUUAUCCGCAAAUAUGGAUUACUUAUUUCCGCAGACUAUCGGUGUCACGAGUCAGAAUAGGGAAAUUCGAAGAUUCGCCGGAGUUAGUCGGCCGAAUGGCUACGGCGGCUGGGGAGAUAUUCGUGACCACAAAUUAUGUAUGUCUUAUGUUAAAUCUGCAUAG